AUCAUUCCGGCGCGACAUUAACUCAAUCUUCCGUUCCGCCUGACAUUCGUUCCGCGGAUCCACGAGACAGACGCGAACCGAGUCAUGAGCGCCGAUAAUUCGCGUCUAGAUGCGCUGCUGCCGCUACGAAACCUCUGUAACUCCGUGAAAUGCAGCAGGGAUCGAGUGAGAGAUGGAGAGUCGAACGAAUGCAGCGGGAUGUUCAGCUUGUCAAACUUCUGGGAGAUUCUGAAUGAAGCUGUUAAAUCAGCGUCUCAAGAAGCAACAAAACUCAGCGUGAUGUUCUCGAAGCCGCCGCUGCCGUCAGAGGAGGGUUGUGUGAAAAUAGCCGAAUCCGUUCAGAAGAGCGUGUUGACGUUGACUACAGUAUAUUUUUGGUUACCAAAGAGCCAAGGAAUUACUCUGAGGAAGACGGUCAGAGACGCCACGGUGGAGGCGCUGGAUGGACUCGCUCAGCUGCUGGAGGUUCUUCUCUCCUCUCCUGGAGAAAGUCUGUCGCAGGAGCAGCUGAUGUCCACCGGAGGCGUCUGGGCCGCGUGUGACCAGUUUAACCAGCUGCCCAAAGAUAACCGCAGUGCCGUGUUGAGCGUCUUGACGUCAUGUGUUGGUUUAGUGAAAGAUGCCUUGGAGGAGAUGCAGCAGGCUCUGGCUGAGGCUCAGGACCCGUUUGGGGACGUGCUGGAUGAUGAUGAUGAUGAUGAAGCAGACGCUCGUGGUAAUCAGGACACGUACUGGUCAGAGUCGGACCGGCAGCUGAUCGCUCAGUGCCAGGGUCUGAUGAAGGCGUCCGGAGCGAGUCUGCGCAAACUCUCCUCCGCCGUCAGAAACAACGGCAGACUGGACAGAGAAGAGAACAUCGCGCAGCUAGACGACCUCGCGGACGCCGCGAAAGAAAUCAGUCCGAGCGUUGAUGACCUCGCCCUCAGUCUCUACCCCCCCGUGGAGCGGUCGGCCGUCGAGAUGAACGUGUGUAAACUGGCGUGUGUGCUGAAGAAGGUGCUGGAGAUCACCAGGUCCAGUCAUGUCUGUGUGGAGGCUGAUGUUUCCUGGGUGGAGUUUCUGAGCGGCGCCGUCGAGCACAACCUGGAGAAGAUCCGAUCCCUGCUGCGCCACUGCGGCUCGUAGCAUUAAACCAGGAUAAACCAGGUUCAGUGCUCUCAUUCUUCUUGUAGAAGAACGUCACGCUGAUGGAUUUCAGACCGCAGAACGUGUUUCUAUGGAGUCUGAACUUUGCCUGACUUCCCCAGAUUUCCCAAAGCUAUGAAUCAAUCUUUCUUUCUGAACAAUGCUGCAAUUCAUGAUGUUCACAGACGCUUGACCUCUGAUAUAAUGACUUUAUUUAGCAGUGCUGUCAAACUAUUAAUCGCGAUUAAUCACAUAUAAAAAGCUUUUGUUUGCAUAAUAUAUGUGUGUGUACUGUGUGUAUUUAUUAUGUGUGUAUAUAUAUAUAUAAAUACACACACACAUUACAUAAACAACUUUUAUUUUGGAUGCGAUUAAUCGUUUGAUAGCACUAAAUCUUUAGUGAUGUUUUCACAUUAUUCAUAACAUCUGUUUAUGCUCGUGAUUCAUGUAAUCACUCAAAACCUCCUUUAUUAAAUCAACAGAGACUUUUUGCUUUAAAUGUUUAUUUAUUUAAUGUUUAUUAAACACAGUUGACCAAAUGAACUGUUUAGAUGAUGAUUGUAAAUCAUCUGUGUGAUGAUGUUGGCUGGUGUUUGUGCAAAUAAAAGCUGAAGUCGUGUAACGGUC